AUGAUUCACCCCGACAACGGUUCUAGCAGGAAUCUGCCAAACAAAACCCCUUGCAUGAGUUACUGGCAGCGGACCACUCGCGCAUUUCCGUAUCUCGCUGCUCAUCACAAUGAUCCCGUACCAACUCGCACACAAUACGUGGUGAUCGGCUCUGGGAUCUCAGGAGGACUGACAGCCUUUGAGCUAAUCGAGGCAGGGGUUGCGGGACAGGAUAUCGUGAUUCUUGAGGCUCGAGAGGCAGCGAGUGGUGCCAGUUCACGAAAUGCAGGCCACGUCCGACCGGACGCAUUUCGUGGAUUCAGUGCCUAUGCAAAAGUCCAUGGUCCCGAACAGGCUCUCCGGAUCAUCUCGGACGAGCGUAGAGUGUUGGACAAAGUCAAUGAAUUUGUGGCCAAACAUGGCGUUCAAUGCGACUUCCAUUUAACGUCUACUUUUGACGUCUGUAUGACUCCGGAAUUCGCGGUCUAUGAAGCGGAAAGCUUCCAGCAAUUCAAAGCAGCUGGUGGAGAUGUAUCGCACAUUCGUCUCUACGAAGGUGCGGAAGCGCAGGCAAAGACAAGAAUCCCGGACGCGAUUGCAGCGUACGAGUGGCCGGCUGGUUCGAGUCACCCGGCCAAAUUGGCUCAGUUCUUGCUUGAAUCGGUCAUUGAAAGAGGUGUGAGGCUUUUCACAUUCUGUCCCGCCACUGAGAUUGUCCAGUCCCAAGAUGGGGUUUCAUGGGACGUUCAUACUCCGCGAGGAGCAAUAUGUGCGAAGAGAAUUGUUCACUGCACCAACGCUCAUGCAGCUCUUCUAUUACCCCAGCUGGAGCUCUAUCUUCGGCCCAAUCGCGCCCAGGCCCACUCGCUUAUCCCUACCGUAGCUUUCACGGCCAACAAUGCCCUCCGGCAGACCUUUUCGCUGCGAUACAGUCUUCAUCAUUUCUACUCAUUGAUUCAACGUCAAGAAGAUGGCACGUUGAUCUUGGGGGUCUCCCGCUCAAAUCCGACGUUGAGUGCGGAGACAUUGGCGAGUCGCUAUAGCAUCGACGACUCGCAUUUCAACGACGAAAUUGUCCAAGAUGCCCUCAGUAGCUUCAAGAAGAUAUUUCCAAACUUUUCACAAAAUACCCGAGACAUUCGUGGGGAGGGGUUGGAUCAUGCAUGGUCAGGAAUCAUUGCCAUGACCACUGAUUCAGUUCCGUUUGUCGGUGCCAUCGACUCUCUGCCAGGCCAAUACAUUUGCGCCGGCUUCAAUGGCCAUGGUCAUCUCACAGGAAUGGCACGAAUCUUUACUUGUGCGCCUGGAGUGGUCAAGUUGAUGCUCGGGGGACAAUGGAGCGACACAGGACUACCCGAAUGUUUCCAAUUUACACCCAAACGACUCGCCCGAUUAUUAGGCGGAGACAUCCCAUCAAUAUGGUAG